UCGCUAGUGAAAUUCUAGCCGACUCUGAGAUUAGGGAAAUCAGACCGUAACCGCACCUCUUCUGUGCCCAUCUUGUCCACAGUGUUUGAUACCAGGUGUCGUGACUUGGGAACACCCUUGAUCAAGGCCUGGCAGGUGAUUGGAAAACGUGGUUGAAUUGAUUCCCAAAGGACCCCAAUUACAUGGAGGCGUAAAGGAACAAUUGAUUUUGUCUUUCACUACUCAGUCAUCGCGAUACCACGGGAACACAGAUUAUGGUCAGCGUGCAUAUAAAGCUAACUGGCCACAUUAACGCAGGUGCACAUUGUUCAAGAGGGACUCUGAAGGGAACCAGCACCACGCCAAUCACGACACAGCUUAACAGAACUUAAAGUUUCAAGUGAGACCUACAGCAAUAGGGAGAUACAACUAUUUCUAAGUUUUCGCUGAAAGUUUUUAAAUUGACAAUUGGCGUUAACGUCUGAAAUCACAUCUCUGUAGUUAGCCAAAGAGGAUAUACCGAAGACGACGAAAGGGUAUAUCCUAGCUUCCUUUUGUGACUGUUAGCGGUGUAUGAACAGUGAACUAUGAGAAUACGCCUGGAUCCUUGGGUAGUGAUACCCCUUGCGGUGGUGCUUGCAUGUCUCUUAUCACAUAAAACCGAUGCCAUUACAUUAGAUCAGCUUAUAGCGAGGGGUAUUCUUCCUCCAGAACUAGACAAAUGUAAAGGGCCUUGGAGAGUCCAUGGUUGUUUUGGAGGGAACGGCAAACGGACUCAGCCCGAGCCACGACCACAUCACAAUGAACUCCUUGCAAAACAGCUGAACUUAGCAGAAAUAGGAAUUCUUAAGAAAAUCUUGAAAGCGACAAGAACUGAACGUAUGGAUUUUUUGAACUCGGACAAAAUAAAUUCAAAAUCGCUAUCAAAGCAUCAGCAUGACAGACAAGCAGAGUAUAGAACAACCAGACUCCCCCUGUUACCGCUCCAAAGCAAUUCACACCUAACUCCCGAAAAAAUGUUCGACGGAAAUUUAAAAGAUAACCACAACAGAAUCAAUCUAACAGAGAUCUAUUUUCAACUAAAAAGAACCACGCUAAGAAGACUGUUUCAGAUGUUGCAGAGGAAAUGGAAUCCGUAGUACCAGGCAGUUUCGUGUGCGAUGGUUUCAACAACUGGCAUUGUAUCUUUCUGAAACCGCUGUCCUCGGCUAACCACGGAACCUGGCAAACAACGGGCUAGUUACUCAUCGUUAUCUGGGACACAGCGAUUUCCGAAAAUUAUCUAUGCCAGUCAGUGGAGAAUAUUCGUGAGAUUUCCGUCUCUGCUACAUCCCUCAUCUAAUCCACAUCCCAGUGCAGAUUACACCAUAAUUCAAUUGAAGAAACUGAGAAGCAUUCCUACUUUUUUCCAAGUUUAAUGAAGAUGACUUAUUUGCUACAAAACUACUUUAUAGUUGGCGUGGAACGUGGAUACGUCUCCUGGAAGUUAAGAUGGGAACUUAAUGCAAAUAGCCAUGUACAGUUUUUUCCAGAAAACGUGUUUUGAAGUACCAGUCUUGUAAAAGAGACAUCGAAACGUUUGUCUUGGAGUCUAGAAGAGAUAGCCUCCUAUUUGAAAGGAGUACUUCUAUUUCACACGGAAGAGGACGAUGAUACUAAGUAUUUUCAUAAUUAUUUAUUUUUUCAUGAAUUACAUUAUUAGGUAUUUAAUGCUGUGUAACAUGCCAUAUUCUAGUGCUCACAAAUAAUACAAUUACGUAAACUACUCAGUUAUAAUGACUUUUUGUACAAUCAGCGAAUGCUAGAUUGAACAAAAUGUAAUAGUGAUUUCAACGAACCAGGCGUGUUCUGUGGUCCAUCAUGCUCUUGUGCGAGACACACCGAAAGGUGAACGGUAAUUCAACCGCUUUUCUGACACCACAGCGUACAUAGAAUUAAAUAGAUAAUUGGCUUGUUGUGUCCAACACAGGUAAUGCUUAGAAAAAUCUGGUCAAAAACAUAAAUAGGUAAAAUGGGGAUUUCUUAAAUAACAUGGGAUGAUUUUUUAUACAUCUAUCCGUCAAAGUAGAUUAUUACAUUCGCUGACAUAAAUUAUUCAGUUCCCAUUAACAUCAGUCAAAGUAGUUUUAGAAAAAUUGCACUUCCUUCUUUCCAACUCGUUAAACCGAUCAAUUUGGUCCAGUGAUUUAACAAACUUAUAGUGAAUAAAAGCAAUUACAACUGUUUA